ACUCGUUUGACAGCUCGAGACGAAACAGAAAAAAACACAAACCACAAAAAAAAGGAAAAUAUUUUGCAUCUGUCAAAAGUUACGUGAAGUUGCGAAUUGCACCUAUUUUCAUUCUCUGCGGCCCCGGGGGUCGAAGUCUUUCGCGCGGUUUGUUAUAAACUAGUUUGAUAGCUCGCCCGCAAAAGUGUAUUAUCGGCGCGGUCACACAGCAAGUAGCGUUCAAAAAAAUGUCUUCGUUUGAUUUGAAAAACGAAACCGAAGUGAAGGAGUACAUCGACAAGCUGGGUGUCGAGUACCGGUUCGGUUGUUAUUCGGAGAAAAAACCGGAAGUGUGUCACCUGCUGGGCGAUUAUCUAGAAGGCAUCCGUAAAGACUUUGAAAAGGCCGCCAAAGUGUACCGGUCGAACUGUGAUGAUUACAACUAUGGCAAGAGUUGCCUCAAGUACGGCAACUACACGUUCCUCGGCAAGGGUCGCACGUCGGAAAAGGGUGAUCCGGCGAAAGCGUUCAGCUACUACGAAAAGGGCUGCACACUGAACGAUCCCGACGCAUGUCUGCACAGUGGACUGUUGCUCGUGUCGAAGCUAAUGCCCAAAGAAAUCACCCGCGACGUGACGAAGGGUUUUGAGCUGUUAAAGAAAAGCUGCGAAAUGAACAAUGCUGGUGCCUGCUUUUACCUUUCCGGCAUGUACAUCUCCGGUGUGCUAAAGGAGGAAUACCAGCAACAGCAGCAGCAGGCAGCAAAAGCCGCCGAAUCAAAGCCCACGGCAGAACAGCGACCGCCCGGUGCGUACGUCGUGGAACGCAACAUGGAAAAAGCGUUCGAGUUCGCGUACAAAGCGUGCGAGCUGCGCAACAUGUACGCGUGUGCCAAUUUGAGCCAGAUGUACGCGAAGGGCGAUGGUACGCCGCGUGACGAAAAGAAGGCCGAAAAGUACAAAAAGCUUGCCCUGGAAAUGCAGGACGAGAUCAAGAAGCAGCAGCAACUCACAUUCCAGCAGGGAUUGAAUCCGACGUAAGCGAGCCGAGCACUGGUAAGCGAGGGACACCGCGUGUUCAGCUGGAACUGGAAGCCAUCGAGCUAAAGAGACAAGGACUCAUCCGAUUAGUACUGGUGGAGAGAUGAAAAAGAAGAAAAAAGUAUGAGAAUGAAAGGGGAAAAGAUUGGAAAUUGUAACUGUUUUGUUAAAGGACGUUGGACACGCCGUUCCGUUGUGGCGAUCAUAGAGGCAUAACCACCUUUUUAGCGUUUUAGUUAGCGUUCAGUUAUGGUAUGAAAAAAGGCGUGCUUGUGUAUCUCUGUGUGUGUGUGUACGGGGAAAAGCGCGGACACCGCGGACCGCAUUGUGUCCCGGGCGGAACACUCGCGGAUCGUUCGUUGGACAGUUAGCGACAGUGAAUGUAGAAGCCGGUAAAUGUUGUUCCGCUUGAGAAGUAGUAAUAUAAUUUAAAACAAAACAAAAA